CUUUCUGCUCCGCUUCUCAGUGAGCUGCUCAUUUUCAAAGACGAUUUGAGCUUGAAUGAUUUUUAAAAAUCUUUGACCUGACAUGAGCUGACACGUUCCUCUGGCCUCAGACCAGUGGAAGUGUGGAUUGAAGCUGGUGUCUGGCUGUGUGAAGAGACAGAGAGGGGAAGAUGUGGCAGACUGUGUCUGUAUUUGCAGCUCUGUUGUGUCUCGUGCCGUCACAGGCUGAGAAGAUACUUCACAAGAGGUUGGGUGAUGAUGUCGUCCUCAGUCCCGGCCCUGCGACUGCUCCCAUCACCAGCGUCAUGUGGAGAGUUGGUCUGCACAUCGCCGUCCAGUGGGCUGACUCCGACUCAGAGGUUACUUAUUAUCGUCAUUUUAAAGAGCGUGGGAGCCUGAACACUUCAAAUGGAGAGAUGACAAUCAGGGGACUGUAUCGAGAUGACAGCGAAGUGUACACUCCAGAAAUCAACAGCAUCAAGGCCACUCCCACCCGCCUCAUCGUCAUCGCUCCUGUCCCCGUUCCCACGGUUACUACAUCCUGCAACGUAGAGAUGAGCAGCUGCACUUUGACCUGCGAGGGAAACGUCACAGGCGUCGAAAGCGUCACCUACAAGUGGAAGUCAGACGACGUCCAAGUGGCGGUUUCCUCUAAAGAUCACCAUGUUGAAAAGGAAAACAGUCAGAGCGUAAAGGAGUUCAGCUGCGAGCUGGAAAAUCCAGUCAGUCAGAAGAGCAGCCAACGCAUCACCAACCCUUUCAUCACCGACCCGACGCCUGAAAGGAAACUGAAUAUCAGCUCUGGAGUCACAGUCUUCAUCUGUCUGCUGCUUGCUGUGCUGCUGCUGACUCUCGUGCACCGGUGCAGAGCAGGGAUGUGGUUCUUCCAGAAAGAAUCCAUGCCUUGGGAGGCAGAUUUCUGGAGGAAGCACAAGAGGCCAUCAAUAGAAGCUGCUGGAUCUAAUGAAGCCAUGGCUCCUGGAGGAGACAACGAGGAAACGGCUUUGAAAUAAGACGCCAAAACGAGACGAUCCACAAGCUCCAGAGCGAAGGAAGAUCCAGGAGUGCACGUGUGGUGGAAUUUUAUAGGAAGUGGAUCUUUAAACAAACCACUGGCGGUAAACGGGAUCUGGUCAGUAGCUGUUACACCCUCAAAGGUCCAGUGUGUAGGAUUUAGGUAAAAGGGAAAUAUUGUCAGAAAUUGAAUGUAGAAUUAUCGUCACCACAGGUUCUUUUUCAUGUUUGGAAGGAGAGGGUGAGGUGAGGUGUGUUCAGCUGCAACAUGCAAUUUCACUAGAUAUCACUAAAUUCUACAAACUGUACCUUUAAAGAAAUGAUCCUUUAAAAAAACAAAUAUUUGAUUUUAGCCUUUGACGCCAGAAAAGAGAGAAAAAGUCUGAAGGCUCGUUCCAGCCUCCUCUGUUAGACCACAUGUUGCUGUGGACACAUUAGAUCCACACAUGUAUGGAAACAAAUCAUUCUCAGCUUGUUGUAAAACUGCACUUAAAAAACACUAAGAAGGGGAAAAUGGAAAUAAUGACUCCAGAUUUGACUAAGUUGAUCUCUGCUCUUCCUGAGGUUUGUUUGGAAGAGUCAGAGACUUCAGACAAUACAAGGAAACGCAGUUUUCCUGUGACUGACAUCCUACCUGACACCAACUGCUGCCCCUGCCUCAUUAAAUCAGCAGCCGAGCGUAAUGUCUAGGUGGGCACGGUGUGGUUGACGCAGCCUCGUGGUGCUGGAGCACAUCGGCAGGACUGACAAUAAGGUGGAAGAAGGACGCCAUUGUUUGGUUCAGGCCCACAGCAACAAAACAGGCUUUGUACAGAACCUUUCCCCAGACUCCUCUACUGCCAGUGUGCAGAUAUUGGACAUAUUAAGCUCAAGGUCAAUCAGUUGUUCUUCAUUUUGAUGAUCUUUUUGUAUGAUCUUAUUUUACUCUUUACUCGUCUGUCCUUUAAAUGUUUCCUCUACGUGUAGCUCUGAGUCCUUCAAGCCAGAUUUUGAAAUGUUUGGUUUUGCAGCUCCCUCACACAGUGUGGCGCAGCGGCAGUGACAGUUAACUUGAGAAUAAAGGAUAGAAAUGGAGAAUUAUUCACAAAAUGUGGCAUAUUGAAAAUAAUGUUGAAAUGUUGAGAAUAAAGCCAGAGUAAAUCAGGAGGAUUUAAAAUAUAUAUCGCAUGUUGAGAAUAAAGUCAAAAUAUUGACAUUUAAAUGUAAAGUCAAACUAAGUUAAAAUAUAGAACAUUUAAUCGAGCUAAUGUUGAGAAUAAACUUGAAAUUUCAAGAUUGUACUAGUUUCUGAGAUAUUAGGUUAUUAACACUACUACUUUUUACUUUUGGGAGUUUUACGAGGUUCCAAGCUUUUUUGAAACCAGAGGCACUGAGAUAUUCAUACUCUGUCAGCUGAUGAUUUGUUGCAGUGUUAGAAUACAGCAGAAAAAUGUGUAAAGGAUGUGUUGAAUAAAACUGACAGAAUCCUGAACUCCA